AUGGAAGAUUACUCUGAUUUCAGUGAUGAUCCUGACCCAAAAACAGCAAUUGAUGACAAUCUUCAAGGGAUUUCUUUUUCGCCUCCUCUGUGGGAACAAAGAUUAGACAAAUUCAGAGAAAUUUUAUUUUCGCUCAAAGUUGUAGAAGUCUGCGAUCUUGGAUGUGGAAGCGGGAAAUUAAUUUCUCAGUUAUGCAGAUGUAAAGGCCCAAGAAGGAUCUAUGGGGUUGAUAUUGACAAAUUCAGCCUUGAAGAAGCAGCUGAAGAGUGUAGGCCGAAUAUGGCAGAUUUUCAUUUUCCAAGAAAACAUGAGCUAAAAGUGUCACUAUUCCAUGGGUCAAUUCUUGACCCCUGCGAACUUAUCCCUUAUCAAAUUCAAUGUGUAACGCUAGGAGAAGUGUAAAAAUUAUAUAGAAUUGAGCAUAUUUACCCUGAAUCAGUCCCAAUUUUGACGGAAAAUAUAUUUAUCCUCAAUUUUUAUAAAUAUUUAUAAUGAUAAGAAAAUAUGAUAAUUCAGUAUAAAAUAAUAUAAAUAUAUUUAUCCGAAAUAUGCCAUAGUAAGUACACCUAAUAGAGAAUUUAAUGUAUAUUUCCCAGACCCAAAACAUAUGAGGAAUUAUGAUCAUAAAUUUGAGUGGACAAGGAAGGAAUUUGAAGAAUGAAGCCAUAAAGUGUGUAAAGAAUAUGGGUAUGAGGUAGAGUUCACUGGGGUUGGGUUUCCUAUUGGAUACCAAGACCAUGGGUUUUGUACACAAUUUGCGGUCUUUAGAAAACAAAAGUUUUCUUAUGAAAAAAGGCCUUGUAGUGUUAAGAAAGGACAGUUUACAAAUUAUGAAGAAUUUUUGUAUUUUUAAUUAGAAUUAAUGCGAACCGAUUAUUUAAUAAGAUAAUAAGCUGCUAGAAAUGGAGAAAUUCGUACCUAUUUAAUUCAAAAAGCAUAUGAAAUCCAAAAAUAUGACGAUUUUAAAUCAAAAUUUAUAAACAGCUUGUACUAUAGUUGCAACUUAGCAAAAUCAUGAAACUAUCUUGGCAACGAGGAUCCAAUCCCCCUUACUGAAGUUUUCAGAGUCCCCACUAUAUGUGUGUUAUGUGAUGGUUCAUUAAAUCGUCUGCGUGAGCUUAUUCUAUUAUACAAAAACUGUGGCUCCUACGAUUUUAUCUAUUCCCAAGCUUAUGAUACUCUAACUCUAGUUUUAUCUUCAGAUGAGUCUUCAGACUACUCAAGCGAAAAUGAAGAUAUAUAA